AUGACAGGGGUCAACAUCCCACAGCUGGUUGGACUGGAGGAUGGUACGGUGCUGGUGGAAAGCUAUGGUUGGCAACACCUGACUCUGUACUUCAGGCUGCUGCCACAGAUCAACUACAACCACAACUAUAGCUCCUACUACAACCACAACAGCAGCACCUACAUCAACCACUGCAGCUCUUACUACAACAACUGUAGGUACUACGACAACUACAACUGCAGCUCCUACGUCAACUGUUGUGCCUAUGACCACUACAUCUACCGUACCUACAACAACUACAGCUCUUACUACAAUAACUGUUGCUCCUACAAUCAGCACAACAAAAGCUGCUACGAAAACCCUUACAGAAUCACCCACCACAACAGGACCAAGCAGCGUGGUAACGGGCAACAGCAAGAGUUGCAGCAGGAGAAGGAACAGAGGCAGCAGCAGCAGGAACAGCAACAGCGAGGUCAGGAUUUCGGGACAUGGGAGCAGAAUCUGGACUACACAACUUGGGAGGAGAUAGACAGCCUUGCACGUCCUGUGCCAUCUCAGCACUACAGUGCUCCUAGCAGUGCUAACCGUGGCGAGAGUGGUGCUGGUCAGGCACUGUGUUAUGCGGUGGUUCGCACUGUGUCUCCACACCUACUACGCAACCUACAACACCUACAACAACCACAACACCUACUACGAAACCACAACACCUACUACAACAACCACAACUACAACAACUACAACUGUACCUACUACCACUACAACUGCAGCAACUACUACACAACUACAACUCCUACUACGACAACCACAACUGCAGCAACCACCUACUCCUACAACAACUGUAGCUCCUACGACCACCACAACUGCAGCACCUACUACGACAACUACAACACCUACCUACGACAACCACAACACCUACUACAGCACCACACAACUACACGCAACCACAACACCUACUACAACAACCACAACUGUACCUCCUACGACAACCACAACUGCAGCUCCAACUACAACAACUGUAGCUCCUACGACCCCCACAACUGCAGCACCUACAACGACAACUGUAGCUCCUACGACCACAACUGCAGCACCUACUUCAACAACUACAACUGCAGCACCUACUACGACAACUACAACAAACUCUACUAUGACAACCACAACUGUAGCUCCUACGACAACCACAACUGCAGCUCCAACUACAACAACUGUAGCUCCUACGACCACCACAACUGCAGCACUUACUACGACAACUACAACCGAAGCUGCUACGACAACCACGACUUCAGCGCCUACUACGACAACCACAACACCUACUACGACAACCACAACUGCAGCUCCAACUACAACAACUCUCCUACGACCACCACAACUGCAGCACCUACUACGACAACUACAACACCUACUACGACAACCACAACACCUACUACGACUGUAGCUCCUACGACCCCCACAACUGCAGCACCUACAACGACAACUGUAGCUCCUACGACCACAACUGCAGCACCUACUUCAACAACUACAACUGCAGCACCUACUACGACAACUACAACCGAAACUGCUACAACAACCACGACUUCAGCACCUACUACGACAACUACAACACCUACUACGACAACCACAACACCUACUAUGACAACCACAACUGUAGCUCCUACGACAACCACAACUGCAGCUCCAACUACAACAACUGUAGCUCCUACGACCACCACAACUGCAGCACCUACUACGACAACUACAACCGAAGCUGCUACGACAACCACGACUUCAGCGCCUACUACGACAACCACAACACCUACUACGACAACCACAACUGCAGCUCCAACUACAACAACUGUAGCUCCUACGACCACCACAACUGCAGCACCUACUACGACAACUACAACACCUACUACGACAACCACAACACCUACUACGACAACCACAACACCUACUACGACAACCACAACACCUACUACGACAACCACAACACCUACUACAACAACCACUGCAUCUCCUACAACAACCACUGCAUCUCCUACAACAACCACUGCAUCUCCUACAACAACUACAACUGUAGCUCCUACGACCACCACAACUGCAGCACCUACUACAACAACUACAACACCUACUACGACAACCACAACACCUACUACGGCAACCACAACAACUACUACUGCAACCACAACACCUACUACGACAACCACAACUGUACCUCCUACGACAACCACAACUGCAGCUCCAACUACAACAACU